AUGAAAUAAGAAAUAAAUUAAAGGCCUCCACCUCCUAAAUUCAAUUGGAACAUAUAUGAUCAUUCAUCAUCAGAUGAUACAAAAACUCAAAUAUCCUUAUAAAAAUCAGAUAAAAGAAGAUUAAAAUAAGUGAAUCUAUUAGUUGAUGAAAUGUUGGCUAAAUUAAGCAAUAAUAAUAUAUUAAAUGGAAUUAAUAUUGAGAACAUAAGACAUUAAUGCAUAGAUUUAUUGGAUAACUCGGUAAUUGAAAAAGUUAAAUCAAAAAAAUAUCAAUCAAUAGCUUGUGCAUUGAUUAUCUAAUCCUUUAGACUUCUAUUAAUUCCUUUAAGAAUAAAAGAAAUAACUUAAGUAUUGGAUUGUGACGAAAAAUAAGUUCGCAAAAUAUUGAUCUAACUCAAUCAAAUUAAACCAUUCGAUCAGGAUGCCUUUACCUUACAAUACAUGACCAGAAUUUGUGUUGCCAUAGGAUUUAAUCAGAAAUUUUAAACACUCUGUAGAUUCUUCUAUUCAUACUUAAAGAAUCAAAAUUUAGUGUAAGGAGAACACGAACACGUCAUCGCUUCCGCUUUAGUUAAGUCAACUGGAGAUUUUGUAUUUCGUGAUAAGGGUGGCAUAAAUUUAAAUAUAAUUUCUGUCAAUGCUGGAUGUUGUGAAAUUUCUCUCAAAAAUUUUCUGUAAAAGCUUCAGCCUCAUACUCAAGUAAUGAAUGAAUAAGCCUACGAGUUCUACAAAAAAACUAUGUGA